CGGGACUUUCCAGACACGCGCCCAUUGAACUCAGGUCAACGUGCACGGGCUGAAUAUUCCCUACAUGAUGAUAGGCUGGGAAAUUGACCAGAAAUCAGGCGAUCCGGCAUGAGCGACGUGUCACUGAACCGAUACAUGGUGUUCUGUUCGCUUCUGUUCAGAGCCGUUGUCAUUGGCGCUUGCGAGGAUAACUUGAAAGCUUGUGUAUCAGGGCUCUCUGUACUGGACUUGCUCCAUUGCCGUACCACCGAUGCAUCACGCUCUAAUUGUUUCUGAAAUCCUUCUGGAUAUAUUCGCCCAUGUCAAUACAAUCCUGGACCCGUUAUCAUAUGGCGAGAUAUCAUUGACUCGGAAAUCCCUUGCGACGCUUGCAACGACAUGCAGGACCUUCCACGAGCCUGCAAUGGAUUUACUCUGGGCUGACAUGCAUGGGAUAGUGCCACUGCUGGGCUGUGUGACGAGGCUACAUCCCAUGAUAUAUCAUCAUGGCGGAAGGUACACUUGGUACUCUGAAGGUAUCAAUCCAUUAUGUGAGCAUGAAGUCCGUCAAUUUUUGCGUCACGCCCACCGUGUGCGCUCAUUGCAAAUCCCAUUCGACAACCAUUUUCACCUUCUUUCAGCCCUUCCCGUCAAGACAUUCAUAUUCCCCAAAUUGCUGUCGUUAUCAAUGGUUCUACAUCCAGCUGAAUACUUACAUCUCUUCCUGUCCCCCACGUUGCGUCGAUGUUUCCUACCGCUCAUCCAUCCCGAUCUGAAAUCAAUUGCGACCUGUUCCGCUACUUUGGAGGAUCUAACCAUCAAGGUCCCCUGCCAAAGCACGGCGGACGAGCUGUCCCUGUUGUCUGACAGUAUCUGUCUAUGCAAGCGGCUUGUAACUCUGUAUUGCCCACCUCUCGACUGGGCAGCAUGGAACCACCUAUCGAACCUCCCUACCCUUCUCUCAGUGGCGAUUUGUGGCGAGGUCCUUUGCCCGUUGGACACAGAUAACUUCGUUUUCACACGAUUCCUCAACAUCACGACUCUUUCUUUCCAUGUAACCACGGCUUCAUACGUCAUCGCAGUCCUGCGCAACUCAGCAUUCCCUUCACUCAAGGAGUUCAAAAUGAUUGCCCGUGUCUUGCCCUGGGAAGAUGCUGAGCAGCUUUUUCACGCACUGUCACAGUGCACCACAUGCCAGACCCUUCAACAUAUUGAUAUUUUAUCGCGUGAUCAAAGAGUUCCCGAGCCCUCAGACAGCUCUUUAACACCAAUCUCUCAAUUUUUUGCUUUCACGCAACUCCGAUCCCUGCAGCUCGAUUUUCCCCAUUGCUGCAUUCGCCUCGACAAUCACCUUCUGUUAAAAGCCAUGUCAAGUUGGCCGCACAUCCGCUCUCUGAAAUUAGAAGACCCACAUCUUCGCUCAGCUACCAUUACAUUCUGCGGGUUAUUCACAGCGCUGCGUCAAUCUCCUUACUUGCAUACACUGCAUAUAUUAAUGGAUGCCCUGAAUAUCGAUAUCGAUCCCCGGACCGAGUCAUUUCAGCAUACAUCUCUACAAACAUUGGAUGUGCGCUCCUCUCACAUAGCGGAUCGUGAAGCCGUCGCUCACAUCCUUUUCUCUAUGCUUCCUUCUGUCGAGAGCGUCAUCUACGGCUCUAGUGGACACCACAUCCGGUACGCAUGGAAGGAGGUCAACAGGCGUCUUCAAUCUCUCAAGUCUUCUGCGGUCCUUGGCCACUGUAUCACAGGAGCAGCUGCAGGGUGCUGAGCUCACCAUACGUACUUGUUCAGUAAUUAUCCUAGAUUUGUGUCCAAUAUCUUCAUACUUAGAAUGUGGGAGUGGGAGGUCGGGACGAGCAAGAUAGCUUAUGCCUCGACAUGUAAUUGACUCGGAAUUUAUUAUUCGCAUGAUACAAUACUUAUAUCACUAGCUCUCAUCCAUCGUCGCAGCACACCUUGCAGAAUGUCUGGGAUCUUGAAAACCGGUCUCCGCCCU